CGGAAUACACAUUAUUCAUCAUCUCUGCUAGCUAGGUUUUCCUCUUCCCAGUUCCCACUAUUUUCACUCUUUCCACCGCCGCCGCUCAUUCUCUUCUCUCCACCGCCGCGCCUUGUCUUCUCUCCACCGCCGCUCCUUCUCUUCACGGUGGCCCUCUCUUUCUCUCAGAAGUCACCCACCCUUGUUGCCCUAGAGCUCAUAUAGCUCAUCAGUGGCGAGCGCCGUCGCGUCCCCCCAGUCUUACCGCCGAUUUCAAGCUCCUCAACGAGAGCUAGAUGGGUAGGAGGAUACUAAAUGAUGCAUUGAGAGCAAUGGUGAAUGCAGAGAGAAGAAGGAAGUCUGUGGUGGAGUUGAAGCCCAUCUCGACGGUUAUGUCUUCUUUCCUCAAAAUCAUGAAGGAUCGAGGUUACAUCAAGGAUUUUCAAGUGUAUGAUCCCCACAAAGUGGGGACGAUAACAGUUCAGCUACAAGGCAGGAUCAACGAUUGUCGAGCUCUUACUUACAGGCAGGACAUUGCAGCAAGAGAUAUUGAAAGUUACAAAACAUCGACGCUUCCAACGCGCCAGUGGGGUUACGUUGUGAUCACAACUCCAGAUGGCGUUUUGGAUCAUGAAGAGGCUAUCAGACGUAAUGUAGGAGGUCAGGUUCUUGGUUACUUUCACUAAUAAUAUAUAUAUCCAUUCUAUUUCUCAACCCUUUUAAGUGAAUGAGAACUGCAAAAUGUGUUUCCUUUUGUAUGAUGACACUAUGCUAGUAUUCUUUCGCAAGAAAAAAGGGUGAUGUAAGAAUAAGGAUGAUGGAAAACCUGAUUAGUGAAUUUUUGUUCUCGUGAA